AUGGCCGGUUCGUACCGGAAUGGAGAGACAGAGGAAGACUUUAGAAGGAAAACCGAAGAAGUACACGCUUUAAAAGAGCAGAUUCAGGAAUUAAACUUUGAGAGCGGCGAAAACGUAGACAAUGUACGAGACUGGACGGAGAAAAUUGAAGGGAAACUGGCAGAAUUCGAGAACGCUAUACGGGAGUUGAAACACGAACAAGAUCGGGUUAAGGGCGAAGAACAUUUGAAACUAGAACAAACUAAAUUUGAGCGUCGCAUGGAGCACGAAAAGGCCUUGUCUGAAAAUCGAGAAAAGUCCACAAGCGGAAAAAAUGGCGGCACCAAAUUGACGACAAAAUUACCGAAACUGGUUAUUACCAAGUUUACCGGACAACAUACGGACUGGCUUAGAUUUUGGGGGCAGUUUACUGCUGAAAUUGACAAUUCGGAUGUCUCCAGUAUAACCAAAUUUUCAUACUUAAAUGAGCUUGUCGAACCAAAGGUGCUGUCAUGUAUCGAUGGAUUACCAUUCACAUCAGAGGGAUAUGAACGAGCUAAGAACAUUUUGACGACUAAAUACGGCAAAACCAGCGAAAUCAUCAACGCUUAUGUUCAAAACAUCAUCAACCUGCCCAACAUUCAAGGAACUAAGCCUGGAAAAAUCCAUGCAUUUUAUGAAACACUACUAACAAGCGUACAAUCUCUCGAGACACUUGGGAAACUGAAGGAAGUAUCAGGCUAUGUCAGAAUGACAAUUGACAAACUAGAAGGAAUUCGAAGCGAUCUUGUGAGAAUCGAUGACGACUGGCAAGAAUGGAGGUUUCCGGAGUUCAUCGAAGCGCUAAGAAAGUGGACGGUGAGAAAUCCAGUCAAACAAGAUGAUGGCUCUCAGGACAGGCAUAGCAAAUCAAGGAGCUUUCAAGUUCGUCAACAAGAGUCGAGAAUAAAGGGGUGUGUAUAUUGCAAUGAUACUAGUCAUCGAUCUGCUGAGUGUAAAAAGGUGGUCAGUGUUAGUGAUCGUAGAAGAAUUCUUGGAGAAAAGAAACUGUGCUUUAACUGUAUGGGUCCACGACACAAGGCGUCUGAAUGUCGUAGCCAACAAACAUGCCAACAUUGCAAAAGAAGGCAUCACUCAUCCAUCUGCGACAAAAGACCAAACGAGCAAGAAGGCGUUAAAACACAAACCGAACAAAUGCUGGUAGCAAAGGGGGAGAACAAGGUGAUAUAUCCAAUCGUUCUGGUCAAAGUUGACGGAAUUAUUUGCAGAGCACUUCUAGACACAGGGGCUGGGAGCUCGUACGCUUCAGGAGCGCUGGUGGAGAGAUUGAAUAAGCGACCGGUGCGGAAGGUGUUCAAAAGGAUAGAAAUGAUGAUGCAGUCUACAAGCCGUAUAAUCGAGGUACACGAAGUAACAAUCAGUGACUUAGACGAGAAACACAAGCUCAAAACUGAAGUAACAAAGGUCGACCGGAAUAACUUACUCCUCGUUGACAAUCCUAAAUAUGAAGAAGUUUUAAGUAAGUUUGAUCAUCUCAAGAAGGUCAAAAUGGAUGAUACUGAUGCAAAACCUCAACUUCCUGUCCAUUUAAUUCUGGGUGCGAGUGAUUAUGCUAAGAUCAAAACUGCUACGGAGCCCUGCGUUGGUGAACCUGGUGCCAGAACUGAGGAGGAUCUCACGAAAUCAUUGUUUGCAAGGUCUUCUAUGGAAGAUUACAGGAAAUUAUGCGACCUAGACGUGCUUGGUUUGGAAGAUCAGUCAAAUGGAGAUGAAACAAUCUACCAGGAUUUUAAGGAUCAGUUAAUCCAAAGUCCAGAAGGAUGGUACGAGACAGGGCUUUUAUAUAAGCCAACCACCAGCAGUCUACCAAGUAAUAAGGCAGGGAGCCUUGCGAGGCUUGGCAAAUUAGUCAAAAGGCUUGAGAAAAAGCCAAGACUCUUUGAACAGUACCAGCAGAUAAUGAAAGAACAGGAAGAACAAGGAAUCAUUGAGAAGGUGACACAUGAAGCAAAGGGACGUGAAUUCUACCUCCCACACAAACCGGUAGUCAGAGAAUCAGCAGAAAGUACUAAAGUUCGCGUGGUUUAUGAUGUCUCAGCCAAGGAAAGUGAAGACUCGCCAUCAUUGAACGACUGUUUGGAAACAGGGCCGAUAUUACAGAAUCUCUUGUGGAAUGUUCUUGUGAGCAAUUGGUUCAAGCCUGUAGCACUUUCAGCGGAUUUAAAGCAAGCGUUCUUACAGAUCAGGAUAAAGCAAAAGGACCGAGAUGUCUUACGGUUUCAUUGGUUGAGCAAAGAAGACCCCAAGCAAGUCGAAGUUUACCGAUUUACGCGAGCUCUGUUUGGAUUAAAUCAAUCACCGUUUCUUUUAGCUGAGACACUCAAUCAACAUCUCAACAGUCAAGAACAGGAGUUUCCAAAAGAAGUAGCUGAGAUAAGAGAUAGCUUGUACGUUGAUGACCUGCUUACGGGAGGGUGCAUGGUGGAGGAAGUACAACAGUUGAAAGGAACCGCAAUCAAAAUCUUUGAUAGAGCUAAAUUCACUCUGCACAAAUGGCACUCAAAUCUUAAAGAAUUGGAAGCGAGCGAGACAGUGGUCAGUGAUGCAGCGGUCGAUCAAAGUUACGCUAACCAACGACUGGGCGUUAGAGAAAAUGAGACAAAACUAUUGGGCAUGCCUUGGAACAAAAGCAAAGAUACAAUCGGUGUCAAUUUCCCCGAAAAAUUCAACGAAGAAAACGUAACAAAACGGAUAGUACUUAGCGAGAUUGCUUCAAUCUUUGAUUCUCUCGAUGCUAGUGGUCAAGGUACGUCAGCAGCCGUGUAUGCAGUUAUCCUACAAGGCAAGGGUAUCGGUCAAGGACUCAUAACAGCUAAAUCAAGAUUGGCAAAGAAAGGGUUGACCAUUCCAAGACUUGAGUUAGUCUCUGCUCAAAUGGCGACAAGGCUGAUGGACAACGUGCGAUCCGUUCUUGAAGGGUUGCCUGUAAGGCAUUGUGUUGGAUGGCUUGACAGCAUGGUUGCCUUAUACUGGAUAAAUGGAAGUGGAAAUUACAAGCAAUUCGUAGCAAAUCGGGUAAAGGUGAUUAGAGAAAAGAAUUACAUUUCAUGGAAGCACGUGGGAACAAAAGAUAAUCCCGCCGAUAUUGGAAGCCGAGGCUGUAACGGAGAUCAGUUGUCUGAAAAAUGGCUCGAAGGACCAAAAUGGCUUCCCGACCCUGAAAAAUAG